AUGGAGAUGGACAAAAACCUUCUUACGACAAUGGUGGAAAGAUGGAGAAAAGAAACGCACACAUUCCACCUUCUGGAGGGAGAGAUGACGAUUACGUUGAAGGACGUGGCCAUGCUGACAGAGCUUCCAAUCGAUGGCGAUGCCAUAAUAGAGAGUUCACAGAAAACAUUGAAUGUUGGGGCCAAUUUAUAA